AUGGGCGGGAGACGUCGUCAGCAUGUUGAUGACGAGGAUGAAAUAGUGACAAAACGUCGCCGUGGUUUGCCACUUGUCGAUGAAGUCGAGAAAAAAUUACAAGAAAUCAUUGGAAAAGUUGGAGAUAAAAAUACGGGCUCCUCGAUUGAAAGUAACUUGGAAGGGCUUUGCCGAGUUCUGCAAGACGAUUUGGACAAAUACCGGGCAACAAUUAUCGAUAUUAUCGUUGGAUGUGCUAUUUAUCUACCAAACAAAGUAACAGUUUAUACGACUCUUGUUGGCCUUCUCAACGCGAAAAACUUUAAUUUCGGUGGAGACGUUGUCGAAAAAUUGAUCGCCGAGCAACAAGAUCUUUUGGAAAAUGAAAAGUAUUGUGAAGCGCAGAACUUGACAACAUUCCUGUGUGACCUGGGAAAUUGCCGUGUUUUGACGAUUCAAUCAAUUGGCGAAUACCUUGAAUCAUUUAUCACCGCGGCGUUUGAAGAAAACGUGCCACAAGUACGAACAGACUGGUUUGUCUUUACAGUUCUACGAAGCCUUCCAUUUAUUGGGUCUGAACUUGCGGAAAAGGCUAAUGAGCAGCUUGAAAAUGUGUUUGGAGGAAUUGAAAAGUAUCUCGAGCAACGAUCUAAAACUCAUGUGCCGAUUUUACAAGUUUGGCGGCCGGAUGGAACUCCGCACGAGCAAGAAGAUUACUUGGAUUCUCUUUACGCGCAGAUCAGUGUUUUAAGAGAGGCUGAAUGGAAGGAGAAGCAUAUUCCUAGGCAUUAUGUGGGAUUUGAUGCUGUUUUGCAAGAUGCUCUCCAGCACAAUCUUCCGAGUUUUUCUCCACCUGCACAUACAGAAAAUUCUACCUAUCCGUAUCCGCGAGUUGUAUUCAGAAUUUUCGAUUACGCUGAUUGUCCGGAAGAUGGAACUGUUCUUCCCGGAACCCACGCAAUUGAACGAUUUUUGAUUGAAAUGGAAAUUGAUUGGAUUAUAGAGAAAAACUGUUUGAGCAGAAAACAUUGCGCCAAAGAAUUAGUACAAUUCGCACAAGAGAACCCAACGAUACCCAUGGGAUAUUUGAUGUUUGAGACGAUUUUCGCUCAACUAUUUCGCCUUCCACAAUCGCCGCAUCCCCAAAUAUUUUACGCGUCGCUACUUCUGGAACUCUGCAGAUUACAAGCGACAAGCUAUCCGCAGAUUCUUGUACAAUCGGUUGAAUUGCUUUACCAGCGAGCCGAUGCUAUGCAGCCUGCAUGUAUUGAUAGAUUAGUCGACUGGUUUAGUUUCCAUCUUUCCAACUUUCAAUAUAGAUACUCUUGGAAGGACUGGAGUGAUUGUAUUGAAAAAGAUUCAUUCUGUGGAAGUGUUGCAUUUGCCCGAGAAGUUAUUGAAAAGUGUCGACGGCUUGGUUCUUAUGAUAAAAUUAUUCAAGCGCUUCCAUCGGAGUUUGUAAGAAUUCAUCCAACAAUUCCCGAAAUUCGUUACAUGCUUGACGAUGAACUCGAACCCGGAUAUCAUAAAGCGACAGUUUUCACGAAAAUGUUCCAAGAACGCCGCGAUGCUGACGCAUUCUUGGAAGAACUUCAACAUGAAGACCCCGAGGAGGGAUACAAUGCAGACGAUUUCGCAGUUUUUGUGACUGUAAUGCUGAAAAUGGCCGCUAAAACAUACAGUCAUAAUUUCUCGGCACUUUCGAGAUAUCAAAAGACGCUCAAAACUGUAUGCGAUUUCCACGAAAAGUUUCAGGAAGUCUUGCUUGACACUAUAUAUUCAUGCUGGAAGACCAAUCAACAGAUGAUGAUGAUUUUAAUCGAUAAAUUGCUCAAAAUGCAAGUUUUGGAUUGCUCGCAGGUAAUUUCGUGGCUUUUCGAUGAAAAACUGAAAUGCGAGCAUGAUCGACAAUGGACGUUCGAAGUGCUGAACACCGCGCUUGAAAAAUUGUCGAGGCAUAUCGUGUCUGUUGAAAAGGAUUAUAAAGAGCUCAAGGAAAAAAUUGAACGCGAGAAAACUGAAAAUAACGAUGAGGAAAUGGAGGAUGAAGAUAAAAAGGCGGCCGAUUUAGAGGAAUUGGAAUCCCAGAAAGAGAAACUCGAAAGUUUGGUUGAUUUCCAGAAGAAUCUUUUCAUGGAUGUUCUCCAUAAAUUUACUGUAGCAUUAACCGAUAUUAUCGUUAAGUGUGAAUCGGAAGGCACCGAUUUCCACACGCCUAUGUUUAAUUGGGUUCGAGGACGAUACUGUCAAGUCUUCCUCUGGCAUUGUCGGACUUUGAGCAAGUUUAGUGGACCACUAUCCGAUGAGCUGUUCACAGAAGGCACUGACGAUAGAGUUUUAGAGUGUUUCAAACAGUUUUUAGCUCUUCGCCAAUAA